AUGGCUGAUACCACAAACGGCGCUGCAACCUCCACCAACUCUCUUUCAAACCCUACCAUGAAUCUUUUCUCCUCCAUGACUACGGUUGUCAACAUCAAACUGGAUCGAACCAACUAUCCGGCUCAGAUCCUUCCAAUCCUCAAGAGUCGUAACCUGAUGGGAUAUGUUGAUGGGUCCAUCGUAUGUCCACCCAAACAUCUUCCUGGUGCUGCUGCUAUCAACCCCGCCUACACAACCUGGGUGCAGCAUGAUCAACUGAUACUAAGCUGGAUCAAUAGCUCUCUCACGCCCUCUGUGUUGUCCGUCGUCGCCAGCAAGAGGUCCUCUCAUGACACCUGGGAGGCUCUCGAGCAACGGUAUGCUUCUACGUCCCAAAAUCGUAUUUUGUUUCUUCGCAAUGAACUGAUGCAAACUAAGAAAGGAGACAUGUCUAUUGCUGAUUAUCUUGAUCGAAUGAACUCGAUUGCUGAUAACCUUGCCCUAGCUGGCAACCCCGUGAAUGAUGAUGAACUUGUCCAGAUUAUCUUGAACAAUUUGGGCCCUGCCUAUGAAAUGACAGUGAGUGCUGCUCAAGCACGUGAUACUCCAAUCGCGUACCCUACACUUGAGGCUUUCCUACUAACUACCGAGAGACGCAUGGCUGCACAGAAUGCUCAGCCUGUGGAGGCUGCUGCGGUGAAUGCUUUUGUCACUACCAGAGGUCGUGGUGGACGACUUCGUGGAAAUGGACGUGGUGCUUUUCAGUCCGCACGUGGUGGUGGUGCGGUUAACCCGCGGGGGUUCUUUCCUCGCAACAAUAAUCAAAGGCCAAACUCAGCCUGCAAUGGUGAGAAAAUUACUAACACAGGAGAACGACUCACAUGCCAGAUAUGUGGAAAACAAGGGCAUCCUGCCCUAGAUUGCUAUCAAAGAAUGAAUGCAGCCUAUGAAGGGAGAAUUCCAGCAAAACAGCUUACUGCCAUGGCAACAUCUUCGGUUCCUCUCAAUCGGCAGAAUAAUGGACAGUGGCUUUUGGACACCGGUGCUAAUGCUCAUGUGACUCCAGACAUCCAGAAUUUGGUAAACCCACAAGAGUAUAAUGGUAAUCAGAAUGUGGGUGGUGUAGGACCUCAAGACCCGGAAGACGCUUUUCCACGGGCGAUGUGAGAAUGGCUUAUACCCAUUUUUUGGUGGCGGUGGACAGUUCCAUAACCCUAUUUCAGUGUGUCUAGGCAUUCGAGUCUCGGCUCAAAAAUGGCAUUCACGUCUUGGUCAUCUUGCGUCGUCUCUUAUCAAGUUUUUAAUUUCCAAUAAACAAGUACCAAUUCAUGGUACUGCUGAUGUAAUGUUUUGUCAGUCGUGUCCUUUAGGAAAAAGUACUAAGUUACCGUUUAGUACUUCAGAGUCUGUUUCCCAAUUUCCCUUACAACUUUUACAUUCCGAUGUUUGGUGUUCUCCAGUUAUUUCAAUUAAAGGUUUUUGAUAUUA